UAAUAUUCAAACGGAUGUUAAAUUGGUCAAAUCAAGGACAAUAUUAUUUUUCUGCUAUGAGAUAAAUUAUUUAAUCUCUAUGUAAUGUGAGAUUGACUGAAAACUUGUGGAAACGGCGUAUUGUAAACGUUUGUUGAUGUUCGUAAACAUUCGUUGACAUUGUUGACAAUGGCCAAUAACCUAUAGUGGGAAGAACACCGCCUGUUGGAAAUCGCAUCACUGAGAUGAGUAUCACCGGUAAAUUGCUCUACAAUAAACUUCGCGGAUUACGUCCAGAUUUGUCAUCGGGGAUCACACCUGAGCUCUUGAGCAAAGUAUGCGACGAUCCGAGCACGCAGCCUUUUCUGGAGUGGUUCUGCAAGAAUGUGAGCAGUGCCAAUAUUCUCUCCAACGAGGAGAUAAAAUUAAAAAAUACAUUGGAAGAUGCAAGCGAAAUGUUAGAAGGUGAAGCGUUGGAUGCUGCAUUGGAGGAAGCUACCAAAAAUUGUCCAAAUUUGUUGAAACUUGUCGAUGUAGAUGAUACAUAUCGAGAGGAUCUAUUUGUGGAAUACGAAACAUUGAAGGAAAGCUACAAGGUCGAUGAAGAGUACCUUCAGUCAUUGAGACAUAGUAUAAAAACUUUGAAAGAAGUUGAGAAUAAACUAGAUGAUAACAUUGAAGAAGCCGAGAUCUUACUCAAUAAAGAACAGAUUGAAACAGAAAAGGCAUACGAUGAUUGCAGUGUCAUUCUGAAAAAAUUUGAUAAAGAUAAUUGUCAGUUUUCGAAGGAUGUAGAAAGUCUUCUAAAUGUGUAUGCCAGUGCUGCUAAGAAUCAAGGCAGUGCGGUGUUGUGGUCACAAAUGCCUAUUGACUUGUUUAUUAAACAAAUAGAACUUAACAAUCAUUAUCUAGGUAUUCAUAUAAAGAAGCAAUUUGGAACUAGUGCUAACAAGGAAGUACAAGAAGAGGAUUCAGAUUACGGAUCUCUAAUAAAUGACAGUAGGGACAAACAGACGGAUGAAAGGAUGCUUGAGUUAAAUAUAUGUAAAAGAAACUUAAGCAAUGCUAAAUUACAAGAGAUUAAUGCUAGUGUUCAAGAGGAAUGUUACAUGGCCAUGUUACAAUGCGUACAGGAUAUUUACAAUGGUGGAAUUGUAAAAGUGCCUGAGAAUAGUAAAUUACACGACGAAAUACAAACGUUAACUAUAAAGAGGGAUAUCUUGGAGCAGAAUAUUGAGCUUCUGCGAGAUCAACAAUUACCAGAACUAGUAGUACAAUAUGCGGAAAUAGAGACGAUAAAGAUCUUGAAGAACGACGCCCUCACCCGUCUCGAACGGAGGAAAACUCGUCUCGAGAAGCUCAAGAAUCUAUAUUCUCUCACAGGAAAGCACGGACACGUUUAUGUGGAUCUGUUGUACUUAUUAAUGGAAAUGCAAUUUUGCCGCCUGCGCGAAGUUACUGAAUUCAUCGCUGACGCUCGUCAUUACAUUCUCACGGAAUAUAAGCUUUCUUCUGCAAGAUGUGAGGUCAUGCAGCAAGAACAGGACAAAUAUGCGACAAUGAUAAUGCAAUCUCCGAAAACGUACAAUGCGUUUAAUAAAAUAUUUAUAUCUAUGAUACUCGGUGACGAUAUUUCGAAUGAAUCGUCGUUCUCUACUGCGUUGAAAAGAUACGAUGACUUAAUAGCUGACAACGCGAAGAAGAAGGAAUUAAUACUGGAAACGUAUCUGAAUGAUAAACUCGACAAAUUACGCAAAUUAGAGAACGAAAUUAACAAGGAUUACACAGCCGAGACGCGAAAUGGACCGACGAUUAGCUUCAGAGCAACUUCAUACGAAAUAAGUUCCAAGUGCGAGGAAAUGUCUACAGUCGUUCAACAGGUUCAAGGAGAUAUAACAAAAAUUAGGAAUCAGUUCAAAGAACGAAUGAGGAUGGAUGCUAAUUUAGAACGUGAGAAGGACAUUUUAUGGCAGAGAUUCUUGGCAGAACCCGAUAUAUUAAGAAUGAGAUACGAAGAAGCAAAACAAAAAGUGAAUGAGUCUCACUUUAGAGAUACCGUAGAAAGUAAACUGAAUUAAUACAUUAAUGAUUUAUUAAUCAAUUGUAUAGAGAGACGGGAAAAGAGGUAUUCGAUAUUCCAAACUUAUUUUUGUACUUUUUUCAAUUAAUAUAAUUGAAACGUAUACACACACAGUAUAUCGUAAAUAUAUUCCAUAAAAUACUAGCUGUUUAUUCCCUUUGAGACGUUAGUUUUGCUCAUAGGCAUACAUAGAGAGGAAGGGAGCCAACAAAUGUUGAUAAGGAGAAACAGACUGAAUUUGCGAUGAAAUGUUGAACACUUAUUACUCAAUUCAUGGCUUUUUUAAUAUAUAUUAUUCAUAAUAAAUUUCACUGCGAUCACGAAGAGUCUUGAAAGUUGCUUUUAAUAUAAAUAUUUUAA